UACACCAUUUUGUUCGGUAAUUUUGUUGCUGAUAAAUUUAAAAUUGGUUGGUACAACCGGGCAUUAGUUUUUCAAUUUAAUUUUAGUUUACUCCUCACUAAUUUAUUUCUAAUAUCUUUGCAAUAUUUUCAAUUUGAUUCCACUGCCACACAGGGCUCUUCGAAACAUUUUAUACCACACAGUGCCAUAACCAGCUCCGUGCAAACAGAUGACAUCGUUGCAUGCGUUUUGUUGCUAUAUAAUCCGGCAACAAAAUGUCCAUUGCACGUACACGCCUACCGUUGCGAUUCCGAGUCCACAGCUGAAGCGUUGCAUCAACAGCUGCAAAUAUUAAUCAAUCGCCCAGAAAAUCAAAAACGCUUUGAGGAAUUGGAAACACGUUUGGGUAUCCUGCCGCCAUUGCCCACGUCCGGCGGCGGCAACAAAUCUACGUCCCAUAUGGCCAGCAAUGGCCACAACAACGAACAUAACAGUAUGCCGAAGCAACACUAUUUGUCACAACAGUCUCAAUCACAACACCAACAAAAGCAGCAACAGCAUCAUCGUCGCCACGAAUCGUCGCCCAAACGCUUCAGCUCAUCGUUGGGCAGCGACACCGGCAACAGCACACGCGAAUCCGAGUGUAGCGAGGAACAUAGCGGCGGUUCGCCUGUUUCACGUUCGCCACCCGUCACAGCGACCACAAAACCGCUGCCACUGCCACAGCCCACCAAUGAGUUGUUCGAUUCGUUGGCUGCGGAGCUGCGUGCCAAGUUGAAUGGCAAUGGUCCGCCUUUGUUACUGCCACCGCGCGACUAUGACACCGUACAUCGGUCCAAGGGCAACUUAACGGCAAUCGAGCUGCGUCGCUGCCGAAAUGCGUUGAUCGUUGGUGGCGCCCCACCCAAUGAGACGGCAGUGCCUGCCAGUGGCAAGCAGGUAUCGUCGCGCGGUUCAUCGGGCAUUGGUUCGGAUUUGGCACCGAGCCCGGAGCGUCAGGAUCUGAAUAGCUCAAGCGACGAUGAACAAUGGUCUAACGAAGCGGACAACUCGGUAAUCGCGCUAAAGCCGUCACAAAUCGCAAUGGAGCGUUCGCCGCCCAUUAUACCGCAUCAUCCACAGUUGAACCGCAAGAGCGCCGUUCAGCCACCCGAAGACAGUUACUUACGUGAUUUGCCGGCUAAACCCUACACACCUCGCCAGAGCGCAGUGAGCAACGCACGAGAACGCGAGAAAACCCCAGCGUCCACACAUGAGCGCGACACACGCUCCAAAACUCCUUCGACGACGAGUUGGUCACGCGAAGACGAAAUUAAACCGAUUAUUAUGCGUCCAGCCGAUUACGAUGCAAAAUUCAAUCGCAUAAUGCAAGCCGAGACAAAGCACGACUAUCAUCGCCGCGCUGAUGGUGGUGGUGGUGGUGGAGGCGGCAGCGGCAGCGGCCUUAGGGAACGCGACCGCGAGCGCGAACACGCAAAGCUGCGCGACACCGACAAAUACAACGAAAUCAAUCGCUUACUAAAUAAGAAGCUUUCACUGGAACGUGAAUCUCCGGAGAAACGCUUUGCUAAACACACGCUGGAUGAGCCUGAUCGCUUUGAAGACUCAGACCCACCUAGUGAACACAUAGCGGUGCACCCGACGUCUAGCUAUCGCAAAGAGAAUCUUACGGAUAAGCAGAAAUUCAUUGAAUACACAGCAAAGAAACAGUCAAAAUCGUAUGCGGCCGAGGAGGCGCAACGCUAUGGUGGGCGUCAUCGCUAUGUUGAUCCAGCCGAUCUGCCGUUUGAACAGUCCACAGGCCAUAACAAGUACGCUGCCGUACAUCGUAGCACACAUUCACCGGAACGCACCAGUCAUGACCACACCGCACGCAUGGGUGAGCGAGAGCGGGAACCAGAGCGCCUGCGCGAAAGGGAACGCGUUCGUGAGCGGGAGCAAGAGCGCGACCACGCGCACGAUCGUAAGCAAUACUCACGCAGCAAUGAGCGUAAUCCAUAUCGCGAACCUGAAAGUCUACCCUACAUACAGAGCAUGGAGAAGAUGAUGAAGUCAUCGGCAAUGCGUUACAAGGCAUUCGAUGGUGCACUGGAGCCUACCGCGGUUGCGCCACCUAAAGAAGAGCUUCACCCUAAGCUCAGCGCACAGCGUAGCAAAUCGUAUACAAAGCGCGGCGAGGAUGAUGGCCAUCCAACAGAGUAUGCGCACUCGACUAGCAGAUCUGAUGUCACAUCCAAGGAUCGCUUCAAAGAUGCCAAGGACAAAUUUCGCGCUAUGGAACGCACCGGCAGUCGGUAUAACCUAAACGAUGAGAAGGACGUCACCGACUAUCGACCACGACGCCGCGGCUUGGUCGAACCUUCUGACAGCGGACGCCCAUAUGCCGAUUGGAGUGAUGAAGAGCUCCUCGACAAUUCGCCACCACCAGUCGCUAGCCGUUCGCGCUCUCGCUCACGCGGGCAAUUGUGGGAAGAAAAUGGUAUGCCGGCGCGUGAAAUGUUACCGCCACGUGAACAUCAUGUGCGCGAACGUGGCCGCGAACGGCAGUAUCAAGAAUACGCGCCAGAUGUGCGUCCAAUGCGUGAAAUGCCGGCUAAACGCACCGAUCCACAUCGAGCGAUGCGUGAGCGCUCUACCGACUUGACAGAUGCGCGCGACCCCUACCGGGAAGCUUAUCGGUAUGAAAAGCGCGUCAUGCGUGAUCACUCACGCGAUACGCCGCCAACACGCGACGAACGCGAACGCCAUCGAGAGCCGGUGCGUCACGAAUAUUCACCAGAUGUGCGCACAGGACCGCCUGAGCAUCGAGCCAAUCGCCGACAAGCUGAUAAGCACGCGGACUACUACCCUACGCCCACGCCGCCACCACCCACCACCGGUGCUCCAAUACCCAAUCCGAAGGGUAUCUCCAAUUUGACCAAAGGCUAUCGUCACAGCUAUGCGGAGCCGGUAUUUGCGCGUGCCGGUGGACGCGUUGGUCUGGCGGCCGUUAACCCGUACUAAGUAAAGAGCGGAUAUGGGAAUUGAUUUGAAAGCAGGAGCAGUGUUUUUGCUGUAAUAUUACUAAUAAAAACUAAUAUUAAGCUAAGAUUUGAUCAAUGCAGAGAAAAACAAAUUUAGUUUAAAUGCAAAGAGGUGAAUACGUACGUAUGUGUUCUGAAAAUCUAAUAUUCUAUUUACAUUUACAU